AUGCCCUCGCCCGCCCACCUCAUCCAAUCCCUUCAAGAUCUCCCUGAUCAUUUCAACGGGGUUUUCAUCGACUGUCUGGACCACUUCGAGGGCCAUAGUCCCUUCAACGGCACUGUGCGACUGCACUCCCCUCUGGACGCCAAGUACGACUUCCAGGUCUACGAUGACUCCCCGCAGGCGAGGCAAUUCUUCGGGAACAUUGAUGGUUACCAACGCCACGCCUUCAUCAUCGUUGACCCCCGGCACAUUCACAAGUUUGAGCACAAUGGGCUAUUUGCAGCCUAUCAAUGCUCUUACUUCCAGUCUGGAUGUGUCCUCUAUGUUGAGGACUACAAGGCUGCCGCCGUACUUCGACAGAUGCUCGAAUGGGAAGCAGAUCACAAGUACCCCCGGUACAACAACUUCUUUUUCGCGUUUUGGCAGAUGCAACUGGAGUUGGAGGGCAUUCGAACGUCAACAAGCCACGAGCGCAAGAGCUAUUGGUACAUGUCCCAAAAUCAUACGCAGUUGCCUAUCACAGGUGCACGCCAGCCUGAGCUAUCUCAUAACAUGCAAAAGGGAGAAAGAUUCACGAGCUUCUGCGUCGGCAUGAACGACGCAAUCAGGGCACUAUUCGCUGUUGUGAAAUGA